AUGAAAACUUUAUUCUCAAACAUGACAGAGCGUUCCUUUUGUCAAUGGCAAAUCGAGGGAAACAUACCAAUGGUUCCCAGUUUUUCAUUACCACAAAACCUGCUCCGCACCUGGAUGGGGUGCAUGUUGUCUUUGGACUAGUUAUUUCUGGUUUUGAAGUAAUCGAACAAAUUGAAAAUCUGAAAACUGAUGCUGCAAGUAGACCUUAUGCAGAUGUGCGAGUUAUUGACUGUGGGGUGCUUGCCACGAAAUCAACAAAAGACGUUUUUGAGAAAAAAAAGAAGAAACCAACUCAUUCAGAAGUCUCGGAUUCCUCUUCCAAUUCCUCUUCCUCUUCCGAAUCAUCCUCAGAGAGUGAAAUUGAACACGAGAGAAGCAGAAGAAGGAAACAUAAGAGGAGGCCAAAAGUUAAACAUUCUAAAAAGAGACGGAAGGAAGCAAGCAGUUUAGUAGAGCCAAGGAAUAAACAUAUGAGCCCAAAAGGUCACUCUGAGAGGAGUGAUACCAAUGAAAAACGGUCAACUGAUUUAAAUGCUAAGAGGGAAAAACCUGUGGUCCGCCCAGAAGAGAUUCCUCCAGUGCCUGAGAACCGAUUUUUACUGAGAAGAGAUAUGCCUCUUGUCACAGUGGAGCCUGAACCGAAGAUUCCUGAUGUUACACCCAUUGUAAGUGAUCAGAAACCAUCUGUAUCAAAGUCUGGACGGAGGAUUAAAGGAAGGGGCACAAUUCGCUAUCACACACCUCCAAGAUCAAGAUCCUGUUCUGAAUCAGAUGAUGAUGAUAGCAGUGAAACUCCUCCUCACUGGAAAGAAGAAAUGCAGAGAUUAAGAGCAUAUAGACCACCUAGUGGAGAAAAAUGGAGUAAAGGAGAUAAGUUAAGUGACCCCUGUUCAAGCCGAUGGGAUGAAAGAAGCUUGUCCCAGAGAUCCCGAUCUUGGUCCUAUAAUGGAUAUUAUUCAGAUCUUAGUAUAGCAAGACACUCUGAUGGCCACCAUAAAAAACGCAGAAAAGAGAAAAAGCUUAAGCAUAAAAAGAAAGCUAAAAAGCAGAAACAUUGCAGAAGACGCAAACAGACCAAGAAGAAAAGGAUUAUUGUACCAUCUGACAUAGAAUCUUCAAAAUCAUCUACACGACGACUGAAAUCCUCCUGUGAUAGAGAAAGGCGAUCUCGUUCUUCCUCAUUGUCAUCUCAACAUUCUUCCAAAAGGGACUGGUCUAAAUCUGAUAAGGAUGACCAGAGCUCUUCAACCCAUUCCAGCAGAGACUCAUACAGAUCAAAGUCACACUCACAGUCUUAUUCUAGAGGAAGCUCAAGAUCAAGAACUCCAUCAAAAUCUUUAUCACAUUCUCGAAGUAGAUCAAAGUCCAGAUCUAGUUCAAAGUCAGGGCACCAAAGAAUAGCAUCAAAAUCACCAAGGAGAACAGCCUCUCAGUUAAGUGAAAAUAAACUUGUUAAAACAGAACCUUUAAGAGCAGCAGCAGCACAAAGUGAAAAUGUUGUAGUACAACCAGUGGUGGCGGAAAGUAUUCCUGUGAUACCACUGAGUGAUAGUCCCCCUCCUUCAAGAUGGAAGCCUGGGCAGAAGCCCUGGAAGCCGUCUUAUGAACGAAUCCAGGAGAUGAAAGCGAAAACAACCCAUUUGCUGCCUAUCCAAAGCACUUAUAGUUUAGCAAAUAUUAAAGAGACUGGUAGUUCAUCAUCUUACCGUAAAAGAGAGAAAAAUUCAGAAAGUGAUCGGAGUGCUUAUUCAAAAUACAGUGAUAGAAGUUCAGAAAGUUCACUAAGGUCAAGGAGCAGAUCUUCUAGGAGUAGAUCUUAUUCCAGAUCAUAUACAAGGUCACGAAGUCUAGCUAGUUCACAUUCAAGGUCUAGGUCUCCCUCAUCUAGAUCUCAUUCACGAAACAAAUACAGUGAUCACUCACGUUGUAGUAGAUCAUCUUCUUACUCUUCUGUUAGCAGUGAUGAUGGGAGACAAGCCAAGAGAAAAUUUAGAUCCAGUGGGAAAAAAAAUUACACUUCAAAUAAAAGGCACAGCAGCAGCUCUGAAAAGACACUUCGUAAUAAAUAUGUCAAAGGCAGAGAAAAGUCUUCAUGUCAGAGAAAGCAUAGCGAAAGCAGGUCAUCUUUAGAUUAUUCUUCAGACAGUGAACAGUCAAGUGUUCAGGUUACACAGUCAGCCCUGGACAAAGAGAAGCAGGCCCAGGUGGAAAUGAGUACUAAACAAGAGAAAAACAGAGUUGAAGAGAAAUCUAAGCCUGCACAGGAAUGCCCACGUACAAAAAAAAGAACUUUGAAAGAAAAUCUUUCUGAUCACUUUAGAAAUGGCAGUAAGCCCAAAAGGAAGAAUUAUGCUGGGAGUAAAUGGGACUCUGAGUCAAAUUCUGAACGAGAUAUAACUAAAAACAGUAAAAAUAAUUCCCGGCUAUCUUCUGAUAAAGAGGAAGGUGAGGCCACUUCAGAUUCUGAGUCAGAGUUGGGUGAAAUUCACAUCAAAGUCAAACCCACAACAAAGUCUUCAGCAGAUACUUCACUGACUGAUGAUAACAGUGGUUGGAAAUCAGGCAAACAGCCGUCAUCAACCUCUGAUUCUGAGGAGUUCUAUUCCAAUUCAGAAAACACUAGAGGAAAGCCACGUAAGCACAAACACAGCAUAAAGGAGAAUCUGAAAAGGGAACACACCAAAAAAUCAAAAGAGAAAUCGAAAGGGAAAAAAGACAAAAAGUACAAGGCUCCAAAACGCAAACAAGCAUUUCACUGGCAGCCUCCAUUAGAAUUUGGUGAAGAAGAAGAGGAGGAGAUUAAUGAAAAACAAGUUACUCAGGAAUCAAAAGAGAGAAAACAAAUUUCUGAAAACAGUGAAACCACAAAAGAAAAUAUUCCCCCAACUAAGAAACCCUGUGAGAACAGCAGCCUUUCAGGUAAACAUAAUACAAUAGCAGUUUCAUCAGAUAUUGAUCAGCCUACCAGAGAUGAGAGUAAACUCAGCAUUUCUCCUAUAGCUUUAAAUGCUGAAGAAAAUGUACUCAGUUCUCCCUCGAACAUUCAGCAUUUUGAAGAGAUUGUCCCAAGUGGAGCAGAGGAUGUGUUUCAGACAGAUGACAACAUGGAAAUAUGCACUCCUGACAGGAGUUCCCCAACAAAGGUUGAGGGAGCUUCUCCUCUGGGAAGUUCAAGGCUUGACACUUCAGACAUAAAUAUUGUUCUAAAACAGGAUAUACCAACAGAGCAUCCUGAGGCAGAGGUAGCAAAACAGGAAAGCAGCAUGUCAGAAAGCAAAACAGAGAGUGAAGUGGGAAAACAAGACAGCAGCUCUGCCACCUUGGCCAGUGCUGUAGAAAGCACUAUGAAGAGGGAGGUGGCCGAGAAAAGCCAGACCAGCCUCAUGGAUAAUAAAUGGAAGCCCCUGCAAGGUGUAGGGAACCUGGUAGCGUCAGCUGCUACCACAUCCAGUGCUAUGGAUGUAAAGACAUUGACUACUGUGCCUGAAAUGAAACCACAAGGCUUAAGAAUAGAAAUUAAAAGCAAAAAUAAAGUUCGGCCUGGGUCUCUCUUUGAUGAAGUAAGAAAGACCGCACGCUUAAACCGGAGGCCAAGAAAUCAGGAGAGUUCAAGUGAUGAGCAGACGCCUAGUCGGGAUGGUGAUAGCCACUCCAGGAGUCCAAGUAGAUCUCGAAGUAAAUCUGAAACCAAAUCAAGGCACAGAACAAGGUCUGUCUCCUACAGUCACUCAAGAAGUCGCUCAAGAAGUUCCACAUCAUCCUCUCGAUCAAGAAGCUACUCUAGAAGUCGGAGCAGAGGGUGGUACAGCAGAGGUCGCACAAGAAGCCGGAGCAGUUCCUACCGCAGUUACAAAAGUCAUAGCAGGUCCUACACUUACGAUAGCUACUAUAGCAGGAGUCGGAGCCGAAGUAGAAGCCAGAGGAGUGACAGUUAUCACCGAGGCAGAAGCUACAAUAGGCGGUCCAGGAGUUGUAGAUCCUAUGGCUCUGACAGUGAAAGUGACCGAAGUUACUCUCAUCACCGGAGUCCCAGUGAAAGCAGCAGAUAUAGUUAAAAGUGUCCCCUUUCUUUUUUUUUUUUUUUUGAUACAAAUUAUAUCUUAAUUUGUAAAUAUCUGGUAACUUAAAAGUUUAAGAAACUUAAUGGCAGUCUGAUGUUCUGUUUCAAUAUUAGAGACAAAUUUGAAAAAUAGACACUUCUUAAUUAUUACUCAUUCAUUUAUAUAUGCACAGGAUUUAAAAUACAGAUAUGUCUCCUAAAAAUAUUUGUAUGCCACACUUUACAGCCAACUAUGGAAAUGAAUUUCAUUUUCUUGAAUCAAGAAAUCAUGAAAUUUAAUUAUAAUUCGCAAUAUUAUUUUAGAUAGACUAUUUUCUCCAUCUCAUGUAUUUCCUAGAAAACAGAUUCUUUUUGCCCAUUUUCCAGGUUUUGGCAUGUAUGCUGCUAAGCAAAGAACUGUGAAGGAGAACUGAUAAAGGUGGCCAGAUAUUUGUAUACCAAUUUCACAGAGUCUUAUACAUAUGUGCUCUUAAAAACAAACCACCCAGCACUGACACUAAUGGUAGCCAGGAGUAUAAGGCAGUGGCUCUGGGGUUCUUAAUUCAUUGCUUUUUUGACUCAGAGGAUCAGGAAAGUGGUCACCAUACAGCCUGCUGUCUGUAUUAUUUCAGGCUGGCGGGUGAGGGUAAGAAGAAUAAAUCAGCCUUAACUAUAAAUACCUGCACUGUCUCUAAGGCCCUGAUGUUUUAUGUGCUUUUUAAUAAAUACUAUGAGAAGUUCA